AUGCACAUGCGGUCAGAAACCUACGUCAUCUCUUGGAAUUCCACAUUCAUCCGACCUUCCAUCCAAGGUAGGCAAUGCGGCAGCCACGCGGACUCCCCCCUGAUGAAGGAAGACUCAUCAGAAGCCCGUCGAGGCGUUCGGCGGCGGAAUCAAUGCUUCGAAUCGGGGUACGACCCGGUAGGCACGGUUAAAGUUCUUACCAUCACCAAAACCUUGAGCAACAUAAUCGUACCUCCGCGAGAGGGGAAACGCUCAGCGUUCGAGCCUGUUGUAGUGGGAACAUAUCGGAAGAGGCAGAUGAGGUGUCAGAGGGACUGGUAUCAGGAGAUGCAUCUGGCGGUUCCGCCGUCCAAGGAGCCACCCACAUGGGAUGGCGAUGUAGGUGGGCCUGGUCUUCUCGGUUUCGUUGGUACGCAUUACAGGGUGUCACCGGUAUCGGUUCCCAUAGCCAAGAAGCGGAUUGGUUUGCGCAGAGAGAGGACCGAACGAGCCGCAGACGAGGGGUUCAUGUGGAGAGAUGGUAGCUUUGCGGACAAGCAGGUUCUGCUUUAG